AUGAGGACGAUCCAAAUGUUCGUGGGCUUGAAUUUGGUACUCUUCGCCUUGAUCGUCGCGGUGACUCAAUUCAUGUUCGACGGCUCGAACCGUGCCACAAUUCUCGGUUGGAUCUGCGUCGCCUUCUCGAUCAGCGUCUACGCGGCCCCAUUGAGCAUCAUCAGGGUUGUGGUGCGCACUCGAAGUGUUGAGUUCAUGCCCAUCGGCAUGUCAUUCUGCUUGACCUUGAGUGCCGCGAUAUGGCUAGGAUACGGAGUCUUCAGCCAUGACAUUUUUGUUACGAUACCGACCGUGAUAGGGUUCUUCUUCGGAGUGGCACAGAUGGUGAUCUACGUGAUUUACAAGAGGAUGGGCUGCGGGCCGAGAGAGGCGGCGGCCGCGGCAGCUGAAGACGGAAGCGGAGAGACCUCCGCAGCUCGAGACUCAGAAUUUGCAGACGCAGUGGAAGAGGACGAUGCUGCCAGCGAGACCAGCAGCUUCAUCGUGCCGGUGGCGUCGAUCCCCAUCUUGACUUCGGAGGUGCUCAUCUUCAUCAAGAAGAAGGACCGGCGUGCGAGGCAGGGGAGGAGUUCGAGGUCCGCCACGCAUGUGGUCGAGGGAUCGGAACCGCCCCGCGCCUCGAGCCUGGACCUGGAGAUGCCGCAGCAGCUGGAGGAGGAGAAGGAUCAGCGCGGCAAGCGAGUGGUCGAGGUGGAGGUGGGCGAGAGCAGCAACACCAAGGAGCCGACGGUGACAGAGCACAUCAGCAAAAUCGCAGAGCACAUCGCGAUGAUCUCCGGGCACAUCGUCAAGCUCGCAGAGAUGAAUCCCACCCCGAACCCCGACGCGCCACUGGAUUCCUCCGCCGCCGCCGCCGCCGCCGCAGAGGAGAAGGACGGAGAAGAAGAUCAGCCUGUAGCCAUGCCGUCGGCGGUCCAUGAGCACGUGAUCAACAUGGAGAAGCUGACUUCUGUCGCAGACACGGAGGCGGCGGCGGAGACUAAGAAAUCGAGUAAAGCAUCUAAGAGAGUGAAAGCGUAGGUUGAGGAAAGAAAGAUCGAAUUAGAUUGAAUGGAAGGUGAGGAACAUGGGAACGAUCCGAUCAUGUACGUCUGCUCUGUUCUGAUUAUCGACAUUGAGUUCCUUGUAUAUAUAUGCAACGAUCUUUUUUUUUUUCUCACGAUAACUUUAUCGCCGCCAUUUUACCAGAGACAGACAUUCAAUUGGGUGCCUAAAUAUGCCCUAGCAAUUGAUCGAUUGUAGCAAUCGAUUUUACUAUUAAUUUUGUUUUAAUUUUAUUAAUUAAAAAUAGUAUUUGAUCGUUGCAAA